AUUCUGGGAACUGUCAUGGUGACUCGCGCGAGCCCUCUAAAACGUUUCGGUGCUUCUCUGACUUUUUAUUGACUUUUGGGGGGUAAUUUUGAGAAUAUAAUUGACUAGUUCCCUAAACCUUUGCUUGGCAAAAUGGCGUCCACGGCGGCUGGCAAGCAGCGAAUACCGAAGGUGGCAAAGGUGAAGAACAAAGCUCCGGCGGAGGUUCAGAUCACCGCCGAGCAGCUCCUCAGGGAAGCCAAAGAACGUGAAUUGGAACUUCUCCCGCCGCCGCCGAAACAAAAGAUCACCGACAAGGAAGAGCUCAACGACUACAAGCUAAGGAAGAGGAAGGCAUUUGAGGACAACAUUCGAAAGAACCGUACUGUCAUCAGUAACUGGAUCAAAUACGCACAAUGGGAAGAAAGCCUGACGGAGGUCCAGAGGGCUCGCUCCAUUUACGAGCGGGCGCUCGACGUGGACCACCGCAACGUGACCCUGUGGCUGAAGUACGCCGAGAUGGAGAUGAAGAGUCGGCAGGUGAACCACGCGCGCAACAUCUGGGAUCGAGCCAUCACCAUCCUCCCCCGCGUCAACCAGUUCUGGUACAAGUACACCUACAUGGAGGAGAUGCUGGGCAACGUGGCGGGCUGCAGGCAGGCCUUUGAGCGCUGGAUGGAGUGGGAGCCAGAGGAGCAGGCCUGGCACUCCUUCAUCAACUUUGAGCUGCGCUACAAAGAGGUGGACAAAGCCCGCAGCAUCUACGAGCGAUUCGUCAUGGUUCACCCCGAGGUGAAGAACUGGAUCAAGUACGCUCGCUUUGAAGAGAAACAUGGCUACAUCGCUCACAGCAGAAAGGUGUACGAGCGCGCCGUGGAGUUCUUUGGCGAGGAGCACGUGGAUGAGCACCUCUUUGUUGCCUUCGCCAAGUUUGAGGAGACCCAGAAGGAGUUUGAGCGUGUGCGCGUGAUCUACAAGUACGCCUUGGACCGAAUCCCCAAGCAUCAGGCCCAGCAGCUCUUCAAGAACUACACCAUGUUUGAGAAGAAAUUCGGAGACCGGCGGGGCAUCGAGGACGUCAUCGUCAGCAAAAGAAGGUUCCAGUACGAGGAGGAAGUCAAGGCCAACCCGCACAACUACGACGCCUGGUUCGAUUAUCUGCGGCUGGUGGAGAGCGACGCCGACCCCGACACGGUGCGAGAGGUUUACGAGCGCGCCAUCGCUAACGUGCCGCCCAUCCAGGAAAAGCGCCACUGGAGGCGCUACAUCUACUUGUGGAUCAACUACGCCCUCUACGAAGAACUGGAGGUCAUGGACGAGGAGAGGACAAGGCAGGUGUAUCAAGCCUGUUUGGAUCUGAUCCCUCACAAAAAGUUCACAUUCGCAAAGAUCUGGCUGCUCUACGGUCAGUUUGAGAUCAGGCAAAAGAACCUGCAGGCCGCCAGGAAGGUCAUGGGCACGGCCAUCGGCAAAUGUCCGAAGAACAAACUGCUGAAGGGCUACAUCGAGCUGGAGCUUCAGCUGCGCGAGUUCGACCGUUGCCGGAAGCUGUACGAGAAAUACCUGGAGUUCACGCCGGAGAACUGCAGCACCUGGAUCAAGUUUGGAGAGCUGGAGACCAUCCUGGGCGACGUGGACCGGGCCCGCGCCAUCUUCGAGCUUGCCAUCGGCCAGCCGCGGCUGGACAUGCCUGAGGUUUUGUGGAAGUCCUACAUCGACUUUGAGAUCGAGCAGGAGGAGUUUGGGAACACGAGGAACCUUUACAAAAGGCUGCUGCAGCGUACCCAGCACGUCAAGGUUUGGAUCAGCUACGCCAAGUUCGAGCUGUCGCUGGAAGGCAACGAGCGGGCACGCAGGUGCCGGCAAAUCUUCGAGGAGGCCAACAAGGGCUUGAGGAACUGCGAGGACAAGGAGGAGCGACUGGCGCUGCUCGAGGCCUGGAAGGACUUUGAGGCCAAGUUCGGUUCCGACAGCGACAGGGAGCGCGUUGCCAAGCUGCUGCCCGAGAAGGUCAAGAAGAGGAGGAAGCUCACCGCCCAAGACGGGUCGGACGCGGGCUGGGAAGAGUACUACGACUACAUUUUCCCCGAAGACGCCGCCAACCAGCCUAACCUCAAACUGCUGGCCAUGGCCAAGAUGUGGAAGAAGCACCAGCAGCAAACGGCUGACGACGACGACGACCAGAACCUUCGGGAAAAGGCUUUGAGGAACGAGGAGACCGCCGCCUCGGAGAACAGCGAGGCUAGCAAAGUUACACAGGAGGAGAACGCCUUUGACGACAGAGACGACAGUAGUAGCAGUAGCGAAGAGGAGGAGGGGGACAAAGAGAAGGAUGGUGACAAAAAGGAGAAGACAAGCGAUGAGCAGCAAGAUUAAGUAUUUUUUCCUCCUACUGUUGUCUGAUAACCUCACAUUUUUUUACAAUAGUUUAUUGAGAAUGUACAGCAAUUAAAGACGAUUUGAAACUUU